GUGCUCGGCGUUUCGCCGUUUCGCAAGAUUUCUCCGCCCUUUGUUGACUGUUUUGAUUAUUUUUGGUGUUCCGUCGUCGCCUUUAGUUUUUGCUGUUUUUCCGUCCCCUUCGCCGUGACAGGCGUGCGGCAAUGCCAGCCGUGUGUGCGGCCGUAGGUUGUUUCAACUCUUCCAGCAAGUGGAGCGUGCUCUGUUCGGCGCAUUUUACGGCCGAUGCAUACGAGGACAAAGUACGGCUUAUGAAGAAUAUGGGCAUGGACUACAAGCCACGACUGAAACAAGACGCUGUGCCAACCAUUUUCUCACACAAGAGGAGACAACCUCAGCGCACACCGGGUGCAUUUGCGAAGAGAAGGCGGAUGGAGAUUGUUUCAGAGCUUCUCUCGUCACCGGCUGGACCCUCCACAAGCUGCUCUGUUGCUCUACGAAUACAGGCAGAGCCGUUGACUGAGGCCAUAAUCUGCACCGAGCCAGUGGCUGUGGGGGCAGCGGAGGGCGAUUGUCCAGAUGCAAGUGCUCCCCUGGACUUCAGUGUUCCCCGUGUGAACAGCGACACCUCGAAGCCCUCUAAGCGGGAUAAAAGUGUGCAGGUGUUGGUGAGGCCAAGGACAAAGUCUGCACGCACUCAAGCAAGGGCUCCUGCACGAUCCAUUGGGGCGCAGACAUUCUUCCCAUGCACCGAUGCAGCUUGCCAGACAAGCCAAUGGAGACCGAAAGAAGCUGAUCCAGGGGAGAGCUGUGACGAGUUGGGCGAACCAGACAGGGAAGAUCCUGGAGCGAAGGAUGACAAGGACUACAUCCCCUCAGAGGAGUAUCGAGAAAGCUUCGCAGAGCCACGCCCUGCUCCCGAUAACAAUCGGGUGUUCUUGGUAGCAGAGGUCCAAUUUCGGCAGCUGUUCAAGGUGUGCCCGAAGUGCUAUGCCAGCUGUCAAGUCUCCAUCGAGUGUGAGGGAACUGUGGUUGAAGUCAUUUCCAAGUGCCCGGUAGACCACCACAGCUACUGGGUCAACCGGAUGGGGUCAACCAGCAGCCUCUCCUCAACUUGCUGCUGUGUGCAGGGAUCCUGUUUGCAGGGUGCAACCCCACAGCCUCUCUCAGAACACUGUCAAGUAUUGGCGUGCAAGUGGUCUGCGAGAAGACAUUCUUCAACUUGCAGCGAGAUCACCUCCAGCCAGCUAUUGACACAGCGUGGAGCCAAGAACAAGCAGCACUGUUGGACCAGGCAAAGAACCGUCCCCUAAAGCUGGCCGGAGAUGGUCGGGCAGACUCGCCAGGAUUUAGUGCCAAAUAUGGCUUACUCUGUGCUCGACCUGGACACAAACAAGAUUGUUCACUUCGAGCUUGUGCAGGUAUGAAUGUCACAUUCUGUACACCUUUCAACAUUCAUUGCAAUAAUAAGAAAAUUUUACCUCAUUUGAUUAUUUGUAUUUGAAAUGACAAUACAAGAGGAACAGAUUGUUCAGAGGGUUUGUCUCGUCAAGUCUAAUGAGCCAGGCGUUUUUAGUGUAGGUUGCUAUGCAUGUUGGCAGACAAAGCAAGCAAAAUCUCGUAAUAACGUUGUCCCACUAAAGCAACAAACACCGAUUUUGACUCGGCGACAUCACAAAGUUCCGUGUCGCUGAUCCUGUCCCACUGUAACGGCCAACACCCCCACAAACGCCGACAAACAUUGACAAAUAUAGACACCUGGCUGCAGCAUUGCUUUUUAUUAUUGCAGUUAUGUAACUACGCCACAGCUACAUGCUUUUUUACGCUGAAAUAAAAUGAAAAGACGAGUCAUAAUUUGGGUUCUCCUUCUGAAUGUCUUCAUCAGAAAGCGUAAUUAGCAAAUAUGUGCA